CUCCGGCUUCGGCGGUCUUGCUCGGGAACGGCUACUCCCCGCACGGAACGGACACCUGGCCUGGCCGGAGGACUCGGGACGGAGUCAAGGGGCCGGCCAAGGCGGGCGACUGAGGUGUCCAGAGGGUAGGCGAGGCGCAGGUGCAGCGCCCCGAGAGAGAGAGAGCGGCCUGGCCAGGGCGCGCGGGGAACGUCGGCUCCCUGGAAAAUGUGCUCCUCCCGGCACUGCCGGGCCGAGGAGGGGACGUGAGCGGGAAGAGCCUUUGCCAGCAAGAGUUGUGGCUUAACCGUGCUUCACUGGUACCAAGAAACCAAAGUCUCCCUGCCGGCUGGGUGCGGUGGGCGUGGGCUCGCCUGCUCUGGCCCCUUCUGCUUGUGGCGUGGGAGAUAUUCACGGAGCACCCAUUCAGUUUCUGUGGGCGGCUUUCUGAAGCCAACGUCUUUUCCUGCAGCAGGUCAGCGCGUUAGUGUGCCUCAUAUGCUCAUCCUACGCACAUAAAAAAAGAAUUUGCAAGCCAGACAUUGGAAGAGAUGUCAGAAGCUUCAGAAAAGGAAGACCAUUCAGACAGAACAAUCAGUGAUGAAGAUGAAUCAGAUGAGGAUGAGGAUAACUUCAUAAAAUUUGUACGUGAAGAUAUCCAUCGGUGUGCACUUUUAACAGCUGACUCUAUUGGCGAUCCAUUUUUCCCCCGGACUACACAGAUACUAUUGGAAUAUCAUCUAGGGAGAUGGGUGCCACGUCUCCGUGAACCACGAGACCUCUAUGGUGUCUCUUCUUCUGGCCCACUGAGCCCAACGCGGUGGCCAUACCACUGUGAGGUCAUUGAUGAAAAAGUCCAGCAUAUUGAUUGGACUCCUCCUUAUCCUGAGCCAGUGUACACCCCCACAGGCCUGGAGACAGAACCUCUUUAUCUAAGCUCCAAGGAUGACAUUGUGGUUUAUCUAGCUGAAGAUGCUUACAAAGAGCCCUGUUUUGUGUAUUCCCGAGUUGGGGGCAACCGAACACCCCUGAAGCAGCCCAUGGAUAACUGUGACAACACUUUGAUGUUUGAAGCAAGGUUUGAGAGUGGUAAUCUACAGAAGGUAGUCAAAGUGGCAGAAUAUGAAUACCAGUUGACUGUGCGCCCUGACCUCUUCACAAAUAAACACACCCAGUGGUACUAUUUCCAAGUCACUAAUACCCAAGCAGGAAUAGCCUACAGAUUCACGAUUGUCAACUUCACCAAGCCUGCUAGUCUCUACAAUCGGGGUAUGCGCCCGCUCUUCUAUUCUGAAAAAGAAGCCAAGACUCAUAAUAUUGGCUGGAAGAGGAUAGGAGACCAAAUCAAGUAUUAUAAGAACAAUCUGGGGCAAGCUGGGCACCAUUAUUUCUCUCUUACAUGGACAUUUCAAUUUCCACAUGACAAAGAUACCUGCUACUUUGCUCACUGUUAUCCAUAUACUUACACCAACCUGCAAGAUUACCUUUCUGGCAUCAAUAAUGACCCAGUGCGAUCAAAGUUUUGUAAAAUCCGUGUCUUGUGCCAUACGCUUGCCAGGAACAUGGUAUAUGUUUUAACGAUCACCACCCCCUUAAAGAACACUGAGCCGAGAAAACGCAAGGCCGUGAUUUUGACCGCAAGAGUACAUCCUGGAGAAACAAACAGCUCGUGGAUCAUGAAAGGCUUCCUAGAUUAUAUUUUAGGAGACUCAAGUGAUGCACAGUUGCUCCGGGACACUUUUAUCUUCAAGGUGGUACCCAUGCUGAAUCCAGAUGGUGUGAUUGUGGGAAAUUAUCGGUGUUCCUUAGCUGGACGGGAUUUAAACCGUAGCUAUACAUCUGUCCUAAAGGAAUCUUUUCCUUCUGUUUGGUAUACCCGGAACAUGAUCCGUAGAUUGAUGGAGAAACGAGAGGUUAUUUUAUACUGUGACCUGCAUGGCCAUAGUAGGAAAGAGAACAUCUUCAUGUACGGCUGUGAUGGUAGUGACCGAUCGAAAGCGUUGUAUUUACAGCAACGAAUCUUUCCACUUAUGCUGAGCAAAAAUUGUCCAGAUAAAUUUUCAUUCUCAGCUUGCAAGUUUAAUGUUCAGAAGAGCAAAGAGGGAACAGGGAGGGUGGUGAUGUGGAAAAUGGGAAUCAGGAACAGCUUCACCAUGGAAGCCACUUUUUGUGGCUCUACUCUAGGUAACAAACGAGGCACUCAUUUCAACACAAAAGACUUGGAGUCAAUGGGAUAUCAUUUUUGUGAUUCUCUCUUGGACUAUUGUGAUCCUGACCGGGCCAAGUAUUUUCAAUGCCUGAAAGAAUUAGAGGAAAUGGAGAAGCAUAUUAACUUAGAAAAAAUCUUUGAUGAUUCAGAUACUUCUCUGAUAGAAAUUACAGUGGAUCUAGAGUCUAGUAGCCGAGGCUCGGACAGUUCUGAAUCCAAUGACUCUCAGCCUUAUCUUCUCAAGUUAACUUCUCAGCUAAAACCCAAGAAAUAUCUGAAAACAAGGAAGGAAAGAAAUUCUACUAUAGAAAGCCAUAAAAAUGCCAGAGAAGAACAAGAGGUUUGCGGUAGAGAACAUUUACAGCAAAGACACAACGAAUCGAAUGCUGAUUUGAAAGGUACAAGGCCACAUGGAUCAGGAGAAUAUAUAUUUGAGUAUUUCGGAAGACAAUUCCCUAAUCAAGGUUUGGAUCUGCAUCACAACUUGAAAAGCAAAAUGAAAGGAUGCACACCUUUCCAAAGCAAGAAGAUGGAUGUAAAUUGGACAGAUGAUGAAAAGAGAAUCUACAGGGAUAAAAGAAUAACUCAAACGCAAGAAAUGUUGCAUUAUCUACUUCCUAUCGUGGGAAGCUCAAAAAACAUGCCAACCCCCGAGAUAAAACAAAUAUUCAACCCAAGAGCCAACUUCCAGAUCCAGCAUCAACUAAAGCCAGCUACUUGCAUGAAUAUAAGGAAGAACAGCUCAUCAUGGGCAUCAUCCAGAAAUCCCCUUUUUCUAGCUCAAAGGGAUCUUGUGACAAACUCUUCAGAAUGGUUCCAGUUUAUGUCCCAGAAGUCACGUGAAAGUCUAUCACCUCUCAAAGACCCCAAGAACAGGAAAAAAUAUCCUGGAGUCUGGGCCAUAAAGACUGAAUACAAGAAGCCUUUCAGCAGUAAAUGGGAGACCCCUUCCUCAAGUGGUGAGACGGAUGCAAAUAUUACAAAAGAUAAGAGUCUUCAAGCUAAAGAAUCCAGCCCGCAAAGCUCGGCCCAUGUAGCCCCCCAUCUAACUGAAAACAAGAAGGACGAGAAACCAAAUAAGAAUGAUGGACAACCCACCUUCCAUGUGAAGUUCGGAAGGAGUAAUUAA